UCUUGGUUAAUUUUUAUCGCGUCGCUCAAGGACGAAUAGUUCCAUAAUCCUAUAUAAGCUUUCUUAUCUCGUGAUAAAUAAUUGUCUGAGUAAUCGGAAGCGGGCGUGAUAUUUAUUUUUUUGAAAUACCAAUAUACCAACCACUCCGGGUUUAACGUUACGGAAUUCUGUGAACUGUGAAAUCUAUACAACAACGCUUCAGCACAAAGCUGGGCAUUCUUUAGAGUUUUCUGAAACGAUAUUAAUUUGAAUAUCCCUUUUUUUCCUGGUUUCAUACACAAUUCCUGUGAAAAUGUGUGAAGUCAACCAACCAUGAGUGACAAUGAAAGGAUAUAAUACAAUGUAAUGUGUACCUUACCUACGUUUAAAAUGAUGGAAGAGGAUUAAACUAUCGAGAUUGCAUUUGACGGUUGAAUAAAGGAUUUGACUGACACUUUAACAAACAUAAACAAGGUGGAUGGAUGUUUGGACACCACCAAUUAUUUCGCCUUGUGUGCGACUUAGCCUCACCUAUCAGCGCAACAAGGCAGUUCAGUGUCCACUCGGCUAACUGAGGAUUACAGUUAUUUUGAGAACUAUACGGUUUUUGAGAACGAUUUUUACUUAAAAAGAAUAAAAUAAAAUCGCAAUAGAACGUGACGGAUCAAAUGAGCGAUCGGGAAUAUAGAAUGCGUGCAGGCAAAUAGAGAAAAUGUUCAAAGCUUCCAUAAAGGCCUCUCCACAUGCACAUGCAAAUUAAAAUUAAAUAAAAAAUAUUGAAGUUUGUUAAGUGGGGUUUCUGUAAUUUAUUUUAUAUUUUUUAAAUUAUUAGUUCAUAUAAUAUUUUAUAUAUUUUUCAAAGUGAAUUCUAAAUGUUAAAACCGGGUUUUAAAUAAAUCAAUGGCUAAACCGUCCUGUAAUUUUGUGAUUUAAAUAAAUUAACCUAAAUUAUAAAUUAAAAAAAAAAUUAAGUCAAAAAUAUAAAACAAAAAAAAAACAACCAAAACGUCUCCUUCAAAUGAAACGCGUGUAUUUUAUUUUUUUCCCCAAAACAAAAUCAAAUUUUGUUGAAGUUAAAAAAGUCUAAAGUUUUCUGAGUUUCUUGCGUGCGUUCAUGAGUGUGUUUUUUUAUUUUAUUUUUUAAACUAUUUUAAAAAGGCUUUCUAUAAGCGAAAAAUGUUAAUUUUAUUCGCCAAAUAUACAUUAUUUAUGUGCUUAGCAAUUAUCAGUGACAAUUCAAAUUGUGAGAAAAAACUAUAUGAGGCCAGCACAAACGGUGGGGUUUAUUGGAAGGCAUCAUGUACAGCUAAGUGCUUGUCAAUUGAGAAAAACAAAAAUUUCGAAAAUUGCUUUGAUUCAUGCCAGUCAGACGAAAACUCAAAUACCAAUGUUGAAUUGAAGAAAAUUAAUGAAAGCCAUGACCUCGAAUUACUGUGCCGCGAUGAUCGCAGUAUUACUCUUAAAGUAAUUUUACCACAUCAGAAAAACAGCCUUCACCAAUACCAUCGUUUGGCUGUGAACUCGAAAUUAUACCCCCAAAAAGGAAGCAGUGGAAACAACGAGACCAAUAACAGCAAUAACACUCAGGAAAUUUACAUAGUAAAUAUUUCCUUAGCUCAUGACGCAAAAGAUAUUUCUGUAUAUUUGUCAAAUGAAAAUAUGAUUACAAUUGGAAAUUUAAGCCAAAACACAAACUACAGCAUAUCUGUGGCUGUAGUGUACUCGAGUGAGGAAUAUUCAAUUAUUGCGAAAGGAAGGCAAUUCAAAACUCUCGGACGAGGAUAUAAGCCAAAGGAGAUCCAAGAUAUAUCUUUGUUGAAAUUUGAUGAGGAUGAGUCUGAUGAAAAGCUUGUUACUGCUUUGAUUUCAUGGAAACCAUCAUCUGAUAUGACGUGCCACUAUGGCCUUGUUUGUUAUUCACCAGAACAUUUGGAUAUGGAAGCGACGUCAAUUGAUAUUCGAGAUGUAAGUCAUAAGACUGAGAAAUUUUUCACCUACAAUCUGGAAAAUUUAACAUUUUCAACAGUUUAUAAUAUUGGAAUACGUGCUAUGCACACAAAUGAUUCGUCAAAAGAAAGUGGAAUGAAAUGGGAGACAAUAACAACACCAUCAUGCAUUGAAAUGCAUAAUACCAAUUUUAAUAUUUGUGAUCCUCUUAAGCCAGAAGAACUCUCUGUGACAGAGCACUUCCUCCUGCCAAAUGUUUUCUCACUUAACAUAAGCUGGCAGCAUCCAAUUUAUAAACCAGACUAUUACACUUUGCGAUUGCUUGAUCUUGAUCAAUUACGAACGCACAGUGUUAAGAAGUACGAUUAUAAUGUAUCAAAGGACGAAACUUGGUACUUCAUCCCGAAUAUCAAAUUAAAUGGACUUUUAUUCGAAAUCCAUCUUACUGCCUGUACACCCGGUGGCAAUGCAACAGCAGUUCUCACCCAAACAACAAACAAACCCCAUUUAGUUUCUGUAUCACCUGAUAGAAAUUACAUCUUGAAGCUUGGUACAGCUAUUUUUGCUCCAUUGUUUUGCAUUGCGAUUUUAUCACUUACUGCCUUUAUUGUGUGCCAUCGGAGGGCGAAAUUAAAACGCUUUCAGGAACGUUGCAAAUAUUUCGAGGAAUUGGAGAAAAAAGCUCCAAUUGAUCCAAAGUCAACAUUUGAGUUUCCUACAAAAACGCUGAUUUUGCCACAGUCUCAAGAUGAUACACAUCAAUUUCAAUUGGAUUUGGAGGAGAAGCUGUUUUUCAAUGAUGACAUGGAAGUCAAUAGGAGCGAUGUGAAGCUCUACGAGGUUUUGGGGGAAGGUGCCUUUGGACUUGUGCGAAGAGGAAUAUAUCAUAAAAGCAAACAGAAUGUUGGAGAUGGUGUCGGUAGCAAUGGCGUUAAUGGUAGUGAUGGUGGUGAUGGUAAUACCAGAGAAGUAGCCGUGAAAAUGCUCAAAGAUCAGCCAUCGGUGGAUGAUGUUCGGGCUUUUAAACGUGAAAUAGAAGUAAUGAAAUCUGUUGGUCGUCAUCCAAAUAUUGUUGGAAUUAUUGGACAUUAUACGAGAAAAUGCAACGAAAUGCUACUACUGACUGAAUAUUGUAGUUUUGGAAAUUUACUCUUCUUUUUAAGAAAUGAAUGGAAAUAUCUCCAUGAACUCUCAUUUUGCACCAUGAAAGAUCCGGCACCAACCUUUAAUUGGUCCCAAAAACACCAUCAUCAACAUCAGAAUAAACAAUAUUCCAUACGAGAAUCAGCAACAGCAUCAGCUAAAAAAACUCAAAAACAUCAUCACACCGAAAACGAAUUCAAUUUCGAUUCGACUAUAGUCGAACAAAUUAAACAAAAAUACAAAAAUUUCAAUUCAGUGUCUAGUAAUGCAUCGACGGCUUAUGCUCGAUCCCCAGCAAAUGAAACAACUGCGAUGCUUUCACAAUUUGCACCACCGCCACCUGCACCACCACCUCUGCCACCACCUUCAACACUUCCAAAACCACCACCACCUCCACCUUUACCGCCUUCAGCAACAGCGGCAGUGAAUGGUGUCAAACUAAACAUUUACCGGAACCAAAUAAAACCUUCAGCACAACGCAUGGCAAAGUUCAAUAAAUCCUAUGGCUACGAGGAUAUAUGCACAAAUGCUUGUAAAUGCCAUGUGGAUAUCCUUGCACCAUCGCCAUCUACAACCAAUGCCACCAAAUCGUUGCUGAUGGGAAAUAUUGGCAAAGGUGAAAGUGCAUUGUGUGGGCAAAUUAAAAUUAGUCCAAAAUGCAAUUGCAGACUCAAAAGGAACGGAGUGCUUUCGGUCGACAAUGAAGGCUAUUACAAAAAUCUAACAACGACACAAACAUCAACGACUGUUGGAAGGGACAGGGAUAGGGACAAAGAAAAGCCAUCAUCAAAAUUGUCAACAUCACCGGAGAAUAAAAACGCUGAGAGUCCGAUUGAGGCCAAACGGGAGCCUUUGAGAACAACAGACUUAUUGGAAAUAGCCAAACAGGUUGCAAUGGGAAUGGAAUUCCUAUCCAAAAAUAAGAUUGUCCAUAGGGAUUUGGCUGCUCGUAAUGUAUUAGUUUCAUCAGAUCGAACUGUAAAAAUAGCUGAUUUCGGUCUCAGCAGGGAUGUAUAUCAGGAGAAUGUAUAUAAGAAAACUGGGAAUGGGAAGCUUCCUAUCAAAUGGCUGGCACUGGAAUCGAUGACUCAUCAGGUUUACACCUCCCAGAGUGAUGUAUGGUCCUUUGGUAUAUUGCUUUAUGAAAUAAUAACUCUGGGUGGUAUUCCUUAUCCCUCAAUACCAACAAAUCGGUUGGUACAUCUUCUCAAGACUGGUUACCGGAUGGAGAGCCCGAAAAAUUGCAGUCAAGGACUCUAUAAUCUCAUGACGGCAUGUUGGAAUGCAAAUCCAGCGGAACGACCCAAUUUUACAGAGAUCAUAAAUAUCCUGGACAAUUUGUUGAUUGAAUCACCCCAACUGCCGAUUGAAAAGCUUACAUCAACACCGAAUGAAAAAAACAGCUCUGAAACACUAUCAUCAGAUGAAUCAUAUCUAAAACCACUUUAGAAAUUCCAAGUCCGAAGUUUUGAAGCUUAUUAACUAAAUUAACUAAGGAAAUCCAAAACUAAAUAAGCAAAAACAUUCUGACCAAUAAAAUAUAAAAACCUUAAAGCAGCGACUGUGACCAACAAAAAUUGGACUUAGCUACAUAAGAAAUUUUAUUUCAAUUUUGCUUGAUAAUUAAAAAUGUUUUAUUCAAAAAUGUAUUUUAAUUUUUGCAUUUCUAUUUUUUAAAUAUAAGAAUGUUAAAUAAAAUAUGACAUUAAAAGUUUUAUAAGCAUUUAAAUAUAAACAUUGUUGUUUGUCAUUAGAUUUAGAUAAAGAAAAAACCACCAAAAGUUCUUUUUUUAAAUAACUGGUUUUGAAAAGAAAAUAUACUAACUCAAAAACCCUA